AUGACGCCCAGGACUGAUUUCAAGCUCGACGAGAGCAAGCCUUACGCCGAAAUGUGGUACGGCACCUACCCGGACCUACCAGCAUAUGUCUUGGAAACGGGAGAAAAUCUCCAGGACUUCAUCAACAAGAACCCAGACCAGCUAUUAGGCAAGACAGUAGUCCAGAAAUUCGGCCAGGACUUGCCCUACCUCCCUAAGGUCUUGUCCAUUGCGAAAGCUCUUCCGCUUCAACUGCAUCCAAACAAGGAGCUUGCAUCCGAGCUGCACAGAAAGAACCCUUCGAGCUUCACUGACCCGAACCACAAGCCCGAGAUCGCAAUUGCUUUGACCAAGUUUGAAGCUUUCUGCGGCUUCAAGCCGCUCAAGGAUAUUGAGCAGCUCAUGUCACUCGAGGCUUUGCAGAGAUUCCUGCCCGAAGUCAAGAAGCCUUCAUUUGACGAUCAGACGCUCAAGUAUGUGGUGCAGCGUAUGCUUGAGGCGUCAGAGUCCGAAGUGAAGCAGGUGGAAGAGGCGCUGGGCAAGGCGGGUAAGUCGGCAUUUGGAAAGUACACCAACAUUCCGGAUCUGCUGCCGCGCUUGCAAGGCCAGUACGGGAAGACGGACCCUGGCAGUCUGGUCGCCCUCAUCACCAUGAACUACCUGGUACUACAGCCUGGACAGAGCAUCUACAUCCCCGCUGAUGGAAUCCACGCCUACCUGGCUGGAGACAUUAUCGAGUGCAUGGCGCGGUCAAACAACGUUCUCAACACCGGCUUCUGCCCGCGCGCCGACCGUGACAACAUCGAAACGUUCGUUUCCUGUCUGACAUUCACUCCCCAUGAUGCCAACGAGGCCAUCCUGCCUAGCAAGCCCUACCAAGGUAGCAAGAACGGUCAUACUAAGGUAUAUGCUCCUCCCAUGGGUGAGUUUAACAUGCUCGCAACCGAAGUGCCAUGUGGAGCCAGCGAAACUCUUUCCGCCGUCACUGGGCCCAGUUCGUUGGUAUGCACGCAAGGCUCUGGUGACCUCAAAAUCGACGGAAAGGUCUACGAGAUUAAGGAGGGCUAUAUUUUCUUUGUUGGGCAAGGCGUCGAGGUCGAAUACAGCGCCAGGGAAGCUCUUCAAAUUUUCACUGCUUACGUGGAGUAG